AUGGCGUCAUCUUCUCGUAAAAAAGCCCUGCUGAAGGUGAUCAUCCUCGGCGACAGCGGCGUUGGGAAGAGCUCGCUGAUGAACCAGUUUGUUAAUCGGAAGUUCUCCAACCAAUACAAGGCCACAAUCGGUGCUGAUUUCCUCACUAAAGAAGUAAUUGUAGAUGAUCGACUGGUGACUAUGCAGAUCUGGGACACGGCUGGGCAAGAGCGAUUUCAAUCAUUGGGCGUUGCUUUCUACCGCGGUGCUGAUUGCUGCGUUCUGGUGUACGAUGUAACUGCUCCUAGUACUUUCAAGUCGCUCGACUCUUGGCGUGAUGAGUUCCUGAUUCAGGCUUCUCCUCGUGACCCUGAGAACUUCCCGUUUAUCGUCAUUGGCAACAAAGUCGACUUGGAAAAUCGAGCUGUGUCUACUAAGCGAGCCCAAGGUUGGUGCCAGAGUAAGAACAACAUUCCCUACUUUGAAACAUCAGCAAAGGAAGCUAUCAAUGUGGAUCAAGCUUUUCAAACGGUCGCUAAGAACGGUUUGGCGCAAGAGACGGAGGUCGAGCUGUACAACUCAGAGUUUCCCGACAAGAUCAACUUGUCACCUGAUCAGGGACCUUCGCGACAGGACAAUUGUGCGUGUUAA